GCAGCCUCCACUCCAGCUGUUGACACAAGCCACUGCAAGAAGAGUCGCAACCCCGAAUGCUUCAUGAAUGUUAGUGAAAUUAUCAGAUAUCAUGGAUUCCCCAGUGAGGAAUAUGAAGUUACAACAGAGGAUGGAUACAUUCUUACUGUGUACAGAAUUCCUGCUGGGAGGAACAGCCGAAAUUCUGGCAAGAAGGCUGCAGUCUUGCUACAUCAUGGUCUUCUGUCAGAUUCUAUUCAGUGGAUUUCCAACCUGCCCAACAACAGCUUGGGCUUCAUCCUUGCAGAUGCUGGCUACGAUGUCUGGUUGGGAAACAGCCGAGGGAACACCUGGUCUUUA